AUGGGGAAUUAAAUAUUUUGGUGCUAUGCUGAAUAAGAGGGUGAUGAAUAAAAUCGAACGUAUGAAAAUAAAAAUUUGAACAUUAAAGCAGUUGUCCAAGAGGAUGUGUCUCUGUAAAAUUAAGAAAAAAAAAAAUACAUAUUUUUUUAGUAAGAAUCAAAUCAAGCAUAAAUAUAAUCUAAUAAUUUAGAUAGUCAAUGUGCUUUUUGCAUAUCCUAUUUAAAAUCAACUGAUAAUAAAUUAAAAAAGUAAUAAAAAAAUUGUAAUAACAAUUAACAUCCUAUGCAUCAUGAGGAUUUUAAGGAAUUACACUAUUAGUUGGAACCUUUAGUUUAAAUUCACAAUGAUUCGAUUUCAAAAAUUGUAUCUACAUGGUUUCAAUUAGCUAUUGCUUUACCAAAAUUUGUGAAAUCUCAUGAAAUUACAUAAGAGAUUAGUGAUAAUGAAGAUCUUCAAACCUUAAUUUGCUUGAAAUGGGGUGUUGUAGACUUUUUUAAAUUAGCAGUUUUGAAUAUACCAAAAGAUAAAAUCAUAAGAGAAUGUUUUGAAAUUUUUAAAAGGAUCCUUCAUUAUUGCCUUUUCUUCAAUGAAAUAUUCCUUGAAAAUUAUUCAUAAACAGAUUACUAGGCUAAUAUUUCAUUUUAUAUCAAAUGCUAUUAGUAUUAUUAAAGACUAAUGUACGGAUAUGCAAAUCAAUAUGAAUAAUUAAUUGAUAAAAUGUAAUAGAUAUACUAACAAUAGUUUUCUUUUAAGAAUGAAAAUAAUUAAUAUCCGAAUUUUAAGGUGAUUGGAUAUAUGAUGAGAUUUUGGUGUUAAGUGAUGCUGACCGAUAGAAUUUAAAAGAUCUUAGAAGUAAGCUUCUAAAAUUUGAAUUAGUUAAAGGAUUCAACACUAUUUUAUUAAUAUGUAAUAUAUGCAUUGGAUGUAAAUAUAAAUGAAGAUAAUGUUCAUUGGAUUGGACAUAGAGAGAAUUUUAAAUAUGAUAAAAAACUAUUAUCUGAUAAACACUGGCAGAAUAUGAAGAUAAAUAUAAAUUUGGAUAACGAAAAUUACCAUACUUAAUUAAUUGAUAAGUUGGCUCAACAGAAAAUAUUUUACCCUUCAUGGUAUUAUGAGGUGGAGAUAGAAUACGAUGUUAUUAGGAGCAAUAUUAAGAUGAUAGUAGAAGAACUUAAAUAAAUAAAACGGCGUUUUUAUUAUAGUGAAGAAUUUGAAGAUUAAGUAUAAUUAGAGAGUUUAAUCAAGAGCUCUAACAAUAUUUUUGAAUAAAAAGAAUCUCCUCAAUCAUUGUAGAAUUACAUAAAAUAAUUUUUAAACAACAAUGAUAUAAUUGAAUGUUGUGAUUCAUUAGAUUCAAUAGAAAAACUGGAUAAAAUUAAAACGAGAUUAUCUGAUAGCUCUAAUAUGUCUACUGAGAUUAGUACCUCGGUUAAUUUAUCUAAAAUAGUUGAAAAUAUGGAAAAGUUGAUUUCGGAUUUAAUACUGAUAAAAAAAAAAUUAAAAUAAAGAGAAUUCAUAUUAUAAUUAAGAGCUAGCAAAUGGAAAUUAAAAACUAAACGAGAAAUUGAAUGGCUUUAUUAUUUUAAUAAGACAUCUUUUAUCAAAAUUCCUGAUAGCCGUCAAAAUCUUUAGGAAUAUAUACUAGAAAUUUUACACAAGUUAAAAUUCAUGAAUAAUGGCUACUACUAGAAUCAAAUAUAAAUGUUUUAUUGA